AUGGGGCGCGGAGGUCGGGGCGGCAAGACAUGGUCCAGCCAAGGAUCCGACAGCGGUGGGGCUGGUGCGCGCAAUUGGCAAGUCUGGCAUGGAGCGUCACCUACUGUUGCGCCUUGGCGUACACGACCGGAGCCCAAAGCUUCGUUCCCUGCCUACAACUCCCGCCCGGCGCCGACCGAUGUGGAAGAAGGACCAGAGCGACCUGGACCACGCGAGGAUGGAGGCCUCAGCUCGUUCCAGGCCCUCCUGAACAUAGCCCGCAAAGCCGAGAACAAAGUCUCGAAGACUCAGGCGGCUAUAGAAAGGGGCAAAAGACAAUACGCGAGCUUUCAGAAAGAUCUACGGACUACAUACCUGAAAGAGAAAGAACGCUUUGCCAAGGACCAGGAGCGCAUGCAAAGGGAACUCGAGGAGGCCCUUCACAUCCAGCAGCAGGCCAGAAUGGAUGUGCAGCGUGCCGUGCUCCCCAACACGGCCCCGGCAGCGAUACAGCCAGACCCAGCCGAGAAGGAAUGGGACCGACUAACAAGAGAAUGGGAGCAGGAGCUCGAGUAUGGCAACGAAGAGGUCUUACGACGGGCGCUCACCGCCCGUGCGGCAGAAGCGUUCAGAACGCCAGUGAGGACGCCUGUCAUUCCGGACAGGUCGCCCCUUCCAAGGUCAGCGGCUACAGCCAGAGGAUUGAUAGAGCCCAUGGAGACCGAAGUCGGGCCCAUCAGCCCUCUGUGUGCAGCGGACCCCUAUCUUGUUCCGCAGGGUCCUGUGGCCCCAUCCCCUGGCGCUCUGGCUGGAUCGCUGGAGGAGAUGACUCUUGGGAUGACACCGGGAGACGUGAAGCAAGAUUCGAGACCUACGGGCCCAGCCGCGGAGCUUGUUGCAGGGAAGACCCUUGGAGAAAAGCUGGAAGAAAGGCGGGCCGCCGAGCGCACGCAAGGACGUCGUAUCGAGAUACAGGAGGACGAUUCAGACGACGAGUUGGACGCCUCCGGUGGCACGGAGGCAGCGGCAGCCUUGGUGAAGGAAGCCAUGUCCUGA